UUAAAUUCAGGUCAACUUCGAAUGAAUUGGUUGUCAAAAUUUAUUGUAAUUUCCUUUAUUCACAAUUUUUCAAAUUAUCGGGUACAACAAACUGAAACUAAAUUACCUUGCCAAAAAUGGUAGGCACCUUACAACUGAAGACAAAAUGCUAACAAGAGUCCUCCAAAAAGGCGCAAUGAGCUGUGUUGCCGCAAACAGUGGCGUCGCAUGCGUGAUACGCAAUCUCCGUCCCAGUUAUAGUUUUAAGCCAUGUGAGAUUCAAUAUAUCUCUGCCAGGCAACUGCAAAUCCGCAAAUAUCAUCGUGAGAAUACUCUGAAGGAGCAGAGGCGUAAAGUAAUACCGAAACUUGUGUAUUUGCACAAUCCAUGGAAAUAUCUGAUAACCAAGUUGAACAUGUGGAAGCUCAAAUGGGUUUGGGAUUACAAUUUCAGUGAAGCCGAAUUCAUCGAGGGCUCCAAGCAGGCAGCCAUUGUGAUGACGGACAUUAUACGACAACAGCGUGUGAACAAAAUUGGUGAAUUCACAACAGCCGUGGGUUUUCAACAGAUCACAAGGGAUAUGUUGUUAUCUCGCAACGAUUCACGAUUGCAAUUGGUGCGCUUCAAGAAGGAGCAUCUUCGUCGGGCGAUACCAAUGAAGGUAGCAACCCGUAAAAACUAUGGCCGCAAAUAUGUGUUUAUUGAUAUGUUGUUUGUUGGUCUGCGCAAUACGAAGGACUUUGAGUCGCCCAGAGAACUAGUGGAGAUCAACGAUGUCCUGCGGCGCAUGGAUACCGAACUGAAGACGCCAGUCGAGGUCAUUUCUGUGCCACAUCGCAUUAUCUUCGCCGAGAUCUUCAUACGAUUUCGACGGGACUACAGCCGAAUGGCGGCGCAAGCAGAAUGCGAAAAAUCCAAUCCAAGCAACUACCGCAACCGUAAUCAUCAUUCAGCUGCGCCGACAGAUAAGAUUAUUUCAAAUCAUCCAUCAAAUUUAACACUUGAGAAAGUUCUAUCACGUAUUAAUGAUCCUGACUGGUCGGUUUCCUUCUACAAAAUCUUAACAUUCGAUGUGCUCAAUUAUGAUCCGCAGCCCAAUAAUAGAUCAUAGAUUUCUUAAAUUUUCUGUAAAUCAAAAAUCACUCCAAUUUUUUAAUAAAACAUUUAAUAAAUGUAAACA